UGUUACCUUGAAUUGUUUUCAGUUAUGGGAGGUUGUGAUGACCACAGCAAUUGCCUAUUCUGUUGGGGAAUUCAUCAACAGAGAAAUUCAGGGUAUUGGUUAGCUCUGCGCAUUAGAACAAUGUUUUGUGUUUUCAGUUGCUAUACACUUGAGUCUUCAGAUGCUACACUAAUUUACGACUGUUUCAUUUGGUCAUUGACCCUGCUGUUGCAGUCUAGGCAAAGGAUGGAGACCUGCUAAACAGAAAUAUGAGUGAUCUUUGCAUUAUAUCUAAGAGCAUCCAUCUGAUCCUGUAAAAUUCGAAAUUUAAUACGCAAGACUUCUGUGGAGACGAAGAUAAAUACAUAAAAGGAUUCUUCCAGGAAGGCGCGUACCGACCCUCUUUUCCUGCCUUUAAAAAUGUUCUAUGCACCAUUUUUAUAUGUAUAUUUUGUAGUCAGUGCUGGCUAUUUUGAGGAUGAGUUCUCUGAAUCUCAUCUCUGUUUCUAGCUUCUUCAUACUCUGUCACUCUUUCUUAAUUCAUGCCCAACAGCCUUAUUAUGUGGGGAAGACCACAGCAUCUUCUAAGAACCCAGAUGCUUCAAAUUCAACUUCCAUCCUUGGCUACUCCUGCAAUGGCCUUAAAAGGUCUUGCCAAACUUACCUCAUCUUCAGAUCCCAACCACCUUAUACCUCUGUUGCCUCCAUUGCUGCUCUCUUGAGUGCUGACCCAUCUCAGCUCUCUCAAAUAAACUCAGUUUCAGAAACUGAAACCUUUGAGACCAACAAACAGGUUAUUGUUCCAGUUAACUGCUCAUGUUCAGGUCCAUACUAUCAGGCCAAUACAUCUUUUGUUGUUCGGCAUGGAGAUACCCGCUUCUUGAUUGCUCAUGACACUUUUCAAGGUCUCUCAACCUGGCAAGCUCUUAAGAGUCAGAACAGUAAUCUCACGAAGUAUAUAUAUAGUGGUACUAGACUCCAUAUUCCUCUGAGAUGUGCUUGUCCCACAAAGAAUCAGACUGAUGUGGGGAUCAAGUAUCUUUUGAGCUACUUAAUCACUUGGGGUGAUUAUGUUUCAACGGUUAGUGCAAGAUUUGGUGUAGAUACUGGGAGAACUCUUGAAGCUAAUAAGCUCACUGAACAAUAUUCCACCAUUUAUCCUUUCACUACACUUCUGGUUCCUCUGCAAGAUCCGCCGUCAAGUUCUCAAACCAUGGUGCCACCAUCGCCUGCUCCUCUGACCUCAGGUAACUCAUCCAAAAAAAGCAAAAAGAAAACAUGGUUUUACAUUCUUGUUGGGACUCUUGCAGGAGGGGCUAUUUUAUUGUUCAUCAGUACCAUCAUUUUCUUUGCCUGCUUCCACAAGGGUAAGAAUGAUGCUGUUACAAAUUUUGUCUCAGAAACUUUUGAGGCAAAUAAGAAACCAGUGAUUAAAGAAUCUCCAGAGUUUUCGGAGAUUUUAUCGAGCAUUACUCAAUCCCUCAAAGUGUAUAGCUUUAAGGAGCUGCAAGAAGCAACAGAUAAUUUCAGCCCCGGCAGCUGCAUUAAAGGAUCCGUCUAUCGCGGCACAAUUAAUGGUGAUCUUGUUGCCAUCAAGAAAAUGAAUGGAGAAGUUUCAAAGGAGAUAGAAUUGUUGAGCAAGAUCAACGAUAUUUUUGUUAUCCGCCUCUUGGGCGUCUGCUUUAUUGAUGGAGAUUGGUAUCUGGUUUUUGAGUAUGCUGUCAAUGGACCCCUGAGUGACUGGAUCUAUAAUACUGACAAUGCAGGAAAGGUUUUGAAUUGGACUCAGAGAAUGCAGAUAGCACUGGAUGCGGCCGUUGGGAUUGACUAUCUUCAUUGCUUCACCAGGCCUCCUCUUAUUCAUCAGGAUAUAAGGAGUGGCAAUGUUCUUCUUGACAGCGAUUUCAGGGCUAAAAUCGCGAACCUUGGGAUGGCAAGGAUAGCAGGAGGGGAGGAAGGCCAAUUUGCCUUGACAAGGCACAUUGUUGGGACCAGAGGUCACAUGGCACCAGAGUAUUUAGAAAAUGGUUUGGUCUCUGCAAAGCUUGAUGUCUAUGCAUUUGGGGUUCUCAUGCUGGAAAUGAUCACCGGAAAACAGGUUGCCGCUCUAUACACAGAGCCAGAGGUAAACAUGAACUUGUCAGAUGUCCUAUGUGCCCGGUUCAGUGGAGAAAAUGUGGAGGAGAGUUUGAUUCAAUUCAUGGACUCUUCAAUGGAAGGAAAGUAUCCUUCUGAAAUAGCCAUGUCUUUGAUAAGAUUGAUUCAUAGAUGCGUGGAUAGAAAUCCAGCAGGUCGCCCACGCAUGGAUGAAAUUGUGGGGUUUCUAGCAAGAAUCUACAAUGAUUCACUGAGGUGGGAAUUGCCUAAUGAUAACUUGGGGAAUGAGACCAUAUUUUGAUUGUGAUAUACCCAGAAAAAUUACUCGUACCAAAUAUUCUAAUCUCUGUUACUUUGCCUCUCCAUGUACUCCUACUCUCUUGUGAUGAAUAAUAUGUAGUAACCAAAGUUGUAUUAGUCUCUUUUUCGUAAUUGGAGUGCUGAUAAUCUUCACAGAGAUUAGAGGAAUUGGAGGAUUUAGGAAUUGUCAUUGUAACUUAUUUUGCUUUUGCUAUUAUCUUGGUAUAGCUAGCUUGUUCGCGUUUACAAUAUUGUAUUUAUGCAUGGAAACAUGGUAGAAGCUGGAUUUCAGCGGGUGCGUGCCCAGGAAAACUUGUGAAUUAUCCCCAUCUUGCUUCGAGCUGUAAUGGAAAAUUAAUUUACUUCA